AUGGCAAGCGACUGGCCUCAGGCUUCCAGGGUGCCCAGCUUUGCCCAAAUGUUGAAGAAGAACUUGCCCGCACAGCCUCAGUCUCCUGUUCAGCCGCUACCGACACCCUUACAGUCACAAGCAGAGCACAACAAAGCCUUUUUUCCCCCUACAGAGAUCUCUGAUGUGUCAAACCUGGCAUCUAAAUUGACUCCAAUCACAGGGCAUGUUCCUGCUUCCCAGUGUUCCAAAGCUGCACCAGGUAUUCCAAUCACUUCACUUCCUCCAAAGAAAAUUCCAAAGGAAUUUGUUGUAAAAUAUAGCCGAGGAGAAAUAAACCCAGUAUCAGCUUUGCAUCAGUUUGCACAGAUGCAGCGUGUACAACUUGAAUUAAAAGAAACUGUAGCUACAGGCAAUCUCUUGGGAACUUACUUUGCUUUUUGUGCUGUGGUGGAUGGUAUUCCAUAUAAGACAGGCUUGGGACAAAGCAAGAAAGAAUCCAGAUCAAAUGCGGCAAAACUGGCUCUUGAUGAGCUGCUGCAAUUGGAGGAGUUGGAGCCAAAAGCUUUAGAAAAACCAGGUCCUCCCAAGACCCUUUCAGAAAUGCCAGUUGUAGCUGAGCCUCAAUCCGCAGCUGGACCUAGUUAUCUUUCAAGGAUUCCAUGUGAAGGACCACAUCUUGCAUAUGAGAAGAUUUCUGAAGCUGUCAAGGAAACGUUCAAUAGCUUAACUGCUAAAUAUCCGGAGUACAAAAGUUGUAGCAGUUCACUGGCUGCAUUUAUAGUAGAAAGAGCAAGGCAGUAUGAAGUAGUAGCUUUUGGAACAGGAGAAUUCAACUACAGUCAGUGUAGUCAUCUCGAUGGGAGAAUUGUACAUGACAGUCAUGCUGUUGUUACUGCCAGGCGCUCUCUUCUUAGGUAUUUUUAUAGACAGCUUUUACUCUACCACAGUAAAAAUCCAGCUAUGAUGGAGAAAUCCGUAUUUUGCUUUGAACCAGCAUCAAACUUGCUUUCAAUAAAACCAAAUAUAAAUAUAUUUCUCUACAUGAAUCAGUUGCCAAAAGGAUCUGCUCAGAUAAAGUCCAAGUCUAAGAUAUGCCUUACCCCAAAUUCUGUAUCUUCGUUUGAAUCUGGCGAGGAACUGUCUCUUCAUGUUGCUGUUGAAGGCAAGAUCUAUCUCACUAUCUAUUGUCCUGAAAUUACUAGAAUAAGCAGUAUGUCCGCCAGUGAUAAGUUGACAAGAUGGGAAGUGUUGGGUGUUCAGGGAGCCUUGCUAAGCCACUUCAUUCAGCCAGUUUAUAUUACCAGGAUAAUGCUUGGGAAUGGGAGCUGCCAUGAUACAAGAGGGUUAGAAAUAGCUAUCAAGCAACGUGUAGAUGAUGCGCUCACUUCAAAACUACCCAUGUUUUACCUGGUGAACAGACCUCACAUUAGUUUGGUGACCGCUGCUUACCCAGUACAGUUAGAUUUGCAACACAGGUCUCUUAGUGUGAAUUGGUCCCAAGGAGAUACUUCAUUUGAGGUGGUGGAUGGACUUAAUGGGAAGACGACAGAAAGUUCACCCUUCAAAAGUGGCAUUUCAAUGGCAAGUCGACUUUGCAAGGCUGCAAUGUUAAGUCGUUUCAAUUUACUUGUUAAAGAAUCAAAGAGAAAUGACUUACUUAAAGUAGCAGGUACAUACCACGAAGCAAAGAUUAAGGCAGAGUCCUACCAAGACGCAAAAUUCUUGCUGAAAACCUACUUAGAGGAGCACGGCUUUGGGCCCUGGAUUGUGAAAUCUCCACGUAUUGAACAGUUCAGUAUGUGA